GCUAUUGGUGGAUCUCAUGUGAGUGACAGGUUGCCCCGCCCACAUCAUCAGAGAAGAGAUGCAGAGGGAGGGGAAGCGAUUCUGAUUCAAGAUCAAAAUAAUGAUUUACACGGAUAAAUAUAAUGCAAGUAAGUAAGAAGUGUCCAUUUUGAUUUCAUGGUGACUUUAGAGACUGCCAGAGGUGUAUGGAGCUGCAGUGUGUCUGCCACGUGUCGUCUGAGAGAGAUCUGAGCACAGCUGCUGUGAGUCUGGAUCUGUUCCAUCCCAUAAUCGCUUCUCUUCUUCCUCUGGCCUGAACCAGAACAAACAGACAACAGCCUCACACAGCAGAAGAGUGCAUGAUGGGAGAUGUGUCCUGAUGAGACCUUCAAUACUCCUGGACUCUGAGUGUGUUUGAGCAAGCGGAGAAUCUGUGGAGGAGGUGUGUGUGUGUUUGUUUGUUUGUUUGUCAGGAGGUGUGUAUGUGAAUUUAUGUGUGAGAGUGUGUGCGCAUGGGUGUGUGUGUGUGAGGACGUCACUCCUCCGCUCCUCUCAGGCUGAAGAGCGACUGCAGGUUGAGGACAGCAGUUCUCCAGCGUGAGCGACUGAAGCAGAGAUCUGUCCUCCUCUCCAGACUUCAGCAUGAGACUCCUUCUGUUCGCAGUCCUGCUGCUCCUCACACACACCUCGCAGCAGCAGAACACUUCCAGAAACAAACCCAGCGCUAAGAAAGACUCGAAUGCUCGAGCCAGCGCCGCUCUGGAGGAACUACAGCAGCGGAUCAAUGACAUCGUGCAGGAACUGAACCUGGUAAAGGAGCAGCAGGCUCUGCAGACGGUCUGCCUGCGAGGCAUAAAGAUCCCCGGCAAGUGUUUUCUGGUGGACACCGUGAAGAAGCGCUACCACACGGCCAAUGAAGACUGCAUCGCCAAGGGAGGAAUCCUCAGCACUCCGGUGUCUUCCGACGAAAACAAGCUUCUCCACGAUUAUGUGCGCCAGAGCAUCGGGCCAGACGCUGUGAUCUGGCUGGGUGUAAACGACAUGCAAAUAGAGGGCGUGUGGAUGGACCAGACCGGCUCAAACAUCCGCUACCAGAACUGGAAGCUCCCGCAGCCUGACGGCGGCCUGGCGGAGAACUGCGCCGUUCUCUCCGGCGAGAAGUGGCUCGACGAGCGGUGUCGAGAGGAGCGGGCCUCCGUCUGCGAGUUCAACAUCGUCUGAGAUCAUCCAGCGUGGCGAUUCCCCUGACCUAGCUGUCCUUUCCGUUGCACAAUCCUGCUUGCAUUGUGUCAGCUCCGUAAUUGUAGGCUUUAUUUUUUUAUCUUGAGGAGAGCAAAGAUUGUAAUUUUAGCCAUAAAAAUGCUCAGACACAAAAUCUAUAAUCAAAGAUUGAACACAACACUGUAAUAAAAGACAUUUUUGGACAGUCCGUUAAAAUCCAGCCAAAAACACACACUAACUAAACAAACAUUAUUGAAGCCUAAAUCUUUUAGUAAGAAGUCAAGCCAACCGGUUAAAAAAACCCAGCAGAACGAUGAUUAUUUCAGAUAGCUAGCUUUGUUACUUGUUUAUUGUCUAACAAACUAAUGUCUAGCCUGAUAUAACCUGAACAUAUCCUUUUAUCUCAAUAAAACGUUUAUCAAA